GCUAUUUUCUUGGGAUUGAGAUCUCCUCGACCCCUGAUGGCUUCUACAUCUCCCAAGAAAAAUAUAUUCAGGAUCUUCUUACUCGCGCUGCUCUUGGUGAUGAGCGCACUGUUGUGACUCCUAUGGAGCUCAAUGUUCAGCUUCGUGGCUCUGAUGGUGACCCUCUUCCUAAUCCCACUCGCUAUCGUCACCUCGUUGGCAGCCUUGUCUAUCUGGCUGUUACGCGCCCUGACAUCUCCUAUCCUGUCCACAUCCUGAGUCAGUUUGUUUCAGCCCCCACCUCUGUCCACUAUAGUCACCUCCUCCGUGUUCUACGAUAUCUUCGUGGCACGAUCUCUCAGCGACUUUUCUUUCCCCGCUCCAGCUCUCUUGAGCUCCAGGCCUACUCUGAUGCUACCUGGACUAGUGAUCCCUCUGAUCGACGCUCGCUGUCUGCUUACUGUGUUUUUCUUGGUGGCUCUCUUAUUGCCUGGAAGACAAAGAAGCAGACUGCAGUUUCUCGCUCGAGUACAGAGGCUGAGUUGCGAGCCAUGGCUAUGUUGACCGCUGAGGUGAUUUGGUUACGGUGGUUACUUGAGGAUUUUGGUGUGUCUGCUACUACCUCAACUCCUCUCCUGUCCGACAGUACCGGUGCUAUCAGUAUUGCGCGUGACCCGGUGAAGCAUGAGCUCACCAAGCACAUCGGUGUGGAUGCCCACUUUGUGCGUGCUGCUGUGCAGGAUCAGACUCUCGCUCUUCACUAUGUGCCCUCUGAGUUACAGUUGGCUGACUUCUUCACGAAGGCACAGACUCGAGCGCAGCAUGGGUUUUUUCUCUCCAAACUCAGUGUUGUUGAUCCACCAUGAGUUUGAGGGGGGGUGUUAGAUGUGUAUAGUUCAUUGUGUACAUCCCCAUUGUAUAAGGGGCUUGUCUGCACUUUACCACACCUGUAUAUGUACUUGCCUUUGGCCCUCAGUAAAGAGUUAGUUGCUCACUUAUCCAACAGAUUUCAUCUCCCGUAGGCCUGCAGUGGCAACAUUGUUCCAAGUUGAACUGCAGGUCCAUAUGUUCCCUUUUGCUAACUGUAAUAUUUCCCCUUUAUCUUAGCCUUUUCCUAUACUUGUGCCACUCAACCAAUAUAAUGUACUUAAGGAAAUGCUUGUUAGCUGUAAAUAUUUCUUAUUUUUUCCUUAGUUUUUUUUAAUAUCAAGUGUUUUUUAAUUGAUCUAUACGUGUUGAAUGAGGUACAGAGUAGUCGCUACUCCCUCCGUUUCUAAAUAGAAGCCCAUCUAGAGAUUUCAAUACGAACUACAUACGGAUGUAUAUAGACAUAUUUUAGGGUGUACAUUCAAUCAUUUUGCUCCGUAAGUAGUCCAUAGUGGAAUCCCUAAAAGGUCUUAUACUUAGGAACGGAGGGAGUAAUAAGUUAGUGUACAUUUUAAAAAUGUAACUAUUUCCAAUUAUUAAUGCAUUUUUGCAAUAUUUCGCCAAAAAAAUAGAUAAUAGCUUAAUAUCAAAACAUGUUUGAUAGCAUUGUACGUACGCAAUAUAAUGUCUUGAUGCUUUCACUAUUUUUUAUUAAAUAAUAAGCUUAUAGAAUCAAAUAUCACAUAAUAUAGAUUUCUGAUGUUUGGUUAUGAAGUCUUUACACCUGUUGAUGCAAGUUUGCAUUACUUUGGUAGGGUAAGUACACCACAUUUGACCUGCCAUAUCAUGUUAGCAUACUUAAGUCAGACUUUCUUUGUAAGAGAUUUUGCAGUGUAGUAAGUUCCUAUAUAUGUAAUUCAUACGUAAUAGUCCACUGGCCUCAUCUUGUGAAAGAACAUCAUGCUGAAAUUCUGUUUUUUGUUCAUACUUUUAGAAUAUUUCUGUAUAGACUAUAUUCUUGACCACAUCAUCCUGAUUGCUAUCUUCAUCAUCUACCAUUACCUGCCGUCCCUCCCUUUGUGUUACUCUUGAGAAGGCUACGUAUAAUUGUCCAUGUGUGAAAACUUGUUUAGGUAGAUAUAGUCCUACCUUGUUCAGAGAUUGGCCCUGGCUUUUGUUGAUAGUCAUAGCAAAGCAAACUGAUGUAGGAUAUUGUCUCCUUUUUAGAACAAAUGGCCAUGCUGAUUCAGUUGGUGACAUGACUAUUCUUUGAAUAUAUACCUUUUCUCCCGAUGUGUUCCGGUUACUAUCCGUGCUUCGAUGAAUUUUCUUCCAAGUUGAAUAAUUAUCAUCCUUGUACCAUUGCAUAAUCCAGCACUUUGGUUGAUAUUACGUAGUAGCAUUACAUGUAUGCCAACUUUUAAGGCCCUCGACGAUGUGAGGAUCUAUUGAAUCCCUUUUAUCUUCUGUUGUCGACGUAUUAAUCCUGUUUCAUACCUUAUUUCCAGUGUCAUAGAUGUACAAUUGUGCCCACUGUGGUUUAUCUUUACCUUCAGGCAGUACAGUACCUAUUUUGUGGUAGUUUUUCUCAUUCAUUCUAAGAACAUAUGGUCCAAUGCCAUUGUUUAUUUGUUUGUCUGCUUUUCCUCCCAUUGUUGUGAAAGUAAACAUGGAGUUGUACAAUCUGAUAUUUUGCAAGCAGUUUUUUGACCUCUUUCCAUUGUCUUUCCUUAGCAAUUUCGCAAGGUAAGUUGGGGGAUCUCUUAAUGGUGGCAAAUCAACUUUGCCAUGUUGGCAGCAUAGUCCAAAAGAUGGCAUGCUUUUCGCUCUACCUGAAGUUCUUUCUUUGUACCAGAAAAUUGCACCGCAUUGUUAACACUUGCAUUUUGGUUUUCCGAAGUUCCAAAUUUCCACAUCAGUCCUCUUCGAUUCCCUGUUAAAGUUUAUGUAUUUAGCAUAAAUUUAAAUCUUAGUAAUGUCUGGUGUUGUUGAUAAUAUGUUAACUUGAUAGAACUUGUAAUUUUUUAUAUUUUGUUCUCAUCGUUUUCGAUGUAGUAGACAUUUUAUUACUUUUUUGUAGUACACGCACAUAACAGAAAAUAUCAGGUCCACUAAUCUCCAAAUUUUAGAUGCUGAUUGUAAUUUAUUUUUUGCAUACCUCAUAGUUUUAUCAGCCGGGCGAAUCUCCUUCUUUUGUUGAUGGUUCUGCAACCCUCUUGGUUUGCAUUUUUCUUUUCCUAUGUAGUCUUGCGUCUUUUGCUUUUUCUGUUGAGUUACUUUUCCUGCAUAAACAUAAAUACUAAUUAUUAGAAGUGAGAGAUUACGUUACGUCUGGCAAAAGGAAUUUAUUACUCCUCGUGUUAACUUUAAAAUAUAUAUAUUUUGCCUUAGCUACAGUUCAUUGAUACUUGUAGCAUUUUAUUGUGAUUUAGUAGGCCAUUAGGCUACUCAUAGUGGGGAGUAUCAUAUACUAGUAUCAUGCAUAUGAUACUAGUGUAUGAUACUACCUCCAUAGUGCAUAGUAUCAUAAAGUAGUAUCAUAGAUUACCAUAUUUAUUGCCAUGCAUGACACAAAAGUAGCAUAUCAUUUAACAUGAUACGGUAUCUACCUAUGAUACUCUGACCCUCUCUCUCUUCUUCAAUUGUGUGCCACAUAAGCAUGUUUGAUAGUCCCAAGGGAAUGUUACCGGUUAUAUUACCCCCACUAUGGCCAGCCUUACAAAUUUGCCACGCUUGAAGAUGAGGAAAUGCAUGGGCGGGUGGUCUUUAUAAUCACUAAGUUAGUGAAGAAAGUGGCAGACCUAGAAAUUGUGGUUUGCUGAGGCAACAGAUGACGAUAAAGAUCAAUGUACUCGUUGUACAGGGGAGUACCCUGCCCCGGCACUUGAGACGUUGGUCAUUCGCCCCAUUUGUUACAGUGCUAGGUCUACCGUUGAUUACAUAUCAGUGUUCAAGUAUAUGAAGAUUCAUAAUUUUUAUUACUUUUUACCUUUUAAAGUAUAUUUUUUGUCGUAGAAUUAAAGGCGAUCAAUUUUCAAGACUAGUGAUUUUGUAAAAAAAAUUAAUGAUAAAGAGGAUUUUAUGUUCCAAUCAUCACGUGGUACAUAAAUACAGUAUUUUUAGUAGAAGCUGACUGAAGCAAUCUAUACCUGAUUAAUGAGGUUUUCUUUUUGGACAAAAUUAAUGAGGUAGUGAUGCAAAAUAUAAUGGGAACCAUCAUCUGAUCUACAAACUCCAUGUGAAUUCCAUAUUGCAGUGCCCUAUGUUUGUUAAUGGACUGAGCCCUAUGGAAGCCGUCCCACAACCCCAAAAUAUAGUUGAGUAGUACGCUAGAAUUAGAUUGUAAUUGAGGAUUAAUAGAGAGGGAGAAGAAAUAUACCCGAAUUGAAAAGUUGUUUGACUAUGUUGUCGUACGUCAAAUUGAAAUCGUAUGUUCUGUCGAUUUUGUUCGUGCUGCUGAGAACAUAUUGAGUUUUAGGUCUAUUCUUGGCAUGCCAGUUGUUUAUAUAGGCAUGUCUUUUCUUUCUGUAACCUAGUUCUGUACGACUUAAGGUAUUCUUUCACAUGAGUUUUCGUAUUGAAUUCUAAUCCAACGUGCUUGUAAUUUGGGCCAUCCUGGACUUAUCAGCGUGGAAGUGUUGUUUCUGGCCCACAUGAUUAGGUUCAGUCACGUCAAUCCUUAAGGUUUCCCUAGAAAUCAACGUGGCAUGCACCAUCUCUCUCGCUCUAUCUCUCAAACGCACACACUUCCACAAAUCCAUAACCUCUUAGGUCAUAAUCUAUACUUUACCAUGUCAGGACCCAACUGAUGAUAAACCAACAGUUCAGUUCAUUUAAAUCCCUAGCCUUUGGCGCGAAGCAACCCUGGCCGUCCAUCGCCCAUCCGACGCUCCAUCUCCGCUCGUACCGCUUCGCGAGUAAGUGAGGCUCCGGAUCGCGUCCAAGUGGCAUCUAACGGCUACCAGCAACCCACGGGUCGCUGUUCAUUUUCCGGCAACCAUCUAUAGCAAUCCCCUGCUUUCGUUUUUCUUUUCUACUUUCACCAACUUGUAAGGCUAUAAAGCCAGGGCUCCAGCUCGAUCUAGGGCAUGAAAGUUUGUUAGGGUUUCCCCCUUCCACCGCCAGUGUUCCUGGCUGGCCUUAGGUUCCUCCUGGAUUGUGCUAAACUCUCUGAAUUAAGCCUGUGAAUCGUGCUAGUUCGAGUGAAAUUCUUCUCUGUUUCUCUGAAUAUUGUUCUUCAGACUCCUCUAGGUCUGACAAGUGGUAAUCAGAGCUUGGUUCCUCUCCUUGGCGGCGCGAGAUCCGGUGCCGAAGUGGAGUUGGAGGCGCCAUAAAAUCCUCCAUUUCUCACCGGUGUUGUUGGGCGGCGGCGGUUCCCCGGCGGCGACUGGUGGCGGCGUGAAAUUCGGUACAGGUUUGGGCGCGGGAAAAGGUUGCAGAAACACAUUGUUUCUGCGGUAAAAUCCCUCCCUCCCUCCCAGAUCCGGUGUACUUCCGGCGGCGCGGCGUUGGCGGCGGUGCAGGCGGCGGUAGGAUCGAAGGCCAAGGUCGGGUUGCAGCCCCAGCUGUGGUAAAAUUCCUCCCGUCGCCGGCUGAUCACGCGCAGUGAGGUUACUAAGCUCCCUGCUAGUGUAAAAACCCUCCCUGCAGUCUUCGUGCUAGCAUGACAGGCCCUGAAAAUUCCUCCUCCACGGAGAACUUGGAGUUCCAAUCAUUGCAACUGGAUGUCAAAACCCUGCAGCGAAACAGGGAAACUGACAGACAAGACUUCGAAGAUUUCAGAGACCAUGUUGCCACCAAUUUUCAAACCUUGCAGAAAACCUUGGGCGAACUACAGGGCCCUUUGAACAGCUUCAUUGCACGUUUUCCCAAACCCAGGGAAACUCCUCCCAACCCUCAAGAUGUGGCACAGGGUAGUGGACAACAGCAAACUCCCCAAGGUCCAAAUCAUGCACCAGCCACGGUCCUCCAGACUCCUCCUACUGUUGGAUCUGCCACGUUAGUGGACAAGAACACUGGAAAAGAGCUUAACUUGGAUGGCAGCAACCGAGUCCCUUAUAGGCACCCUCACUUUGCUGCAAGUAAACACCCAAUUCCUGAAAACAGAGUUCACACUGCUGUUAACCAAGUGCAGAAUGGUCAACAGGUGGUUCAGCUGGACAUGGAGCAAGCUGAACAAAUCCCACAACAGGAAGCUAGGGGUGAAGUUGGGCAGAGAGAUCAGGGGCAAGACAACAGGAGACAACUAGCAAUUGUAAAACCAGCCAAGUAUAACAUUCCUAAAUUUGAUGGUAGCAGUACAGAUUCCUGGAUACAAACCAUUGAGCUGUAUUUUGAAGCUGCUAGAACCCCUCUAGAGCAGAAAACAGAGAUUGCAGUAACUUACCUUAAAGGCCCAACAAUUGAAUGGUGGAGAGGUACGGGCAUUGUACCCAACACCCUGCCUUGGUAUAGAUUCUGUAGGCUCCUGGGUGAUAGGUUUGCUGAAACAUCUGCAUGUGACAAUGUUAGAUCUUUCCAUGCACUUACCCAAACAUGUUCUGUCAAUGAUUACAUCCUCAAGUUUGAGCAGGCCAUGAACUUAAUGAGAAGGGACAAUCCAGCUCUACCCCAAGAUUACUACAAGGCCAGUUUUAUCUCUGGACUGAAUGACAAUAUACAGCACCAUGUACAAUGUCAUGAGCCUGCUGACUUACAAAAAGCAAUUUGGCUUGCCAAAAGAAUGGAACAAGCACAACCACAAAAAAGAACUACUGUUCCUACCUCUGUUUUCCGACAAGUGAGAAGGCGGGUGCAGUUUGACCCAGGAAAACCAGGACCCACCAACAUAGCUACAGUAAUACAACAAGCUAGACUAAAGGGCACCUGUUACAAAUGUAAAGAGCCUUGGUUUCCAGGCCACAAAAAGGUGUGCAAAUUGGCAAAUCAAGCACAGAUACAAGCACUUCAAGCUGCUUGCCCUGAGGAUGCUGAGUUGGUUUACUAUACUGAAGAUCUGGAUGAAGUUGAUGUCCCUCCCCCUGUAGAAAGUGAUGAUACCCCCCUCCAGAUAUCUAUGCAUGCUCUGAUGGGUAUAAAAUCCACAAAGAAGCUCAGUUUUACAGUGACAAUCAUGAUAGGGGACACUCCAGCUACUGCACUCAUUGAUAGUGGCAGUACUGCUACAUUCAUUACCCCUAAGAUUGCUCACCUAGCUAGAUGUGCUCUCACUCCUACCAGAAAAAGAAAGGUGGUUGUGGCUAAUGGAGAUACUCUUUGGUCUGAAUUCAUUGCACUAGAAUGCCCAUUCUCUCUGCAAGGAACACAGUUCUCCACUGAUCUCAGAGUACUACAGCUUCAGGGUUAUGACGUUAUCCUAGGGGCAGAUUGGAUGGCUUCUUUCAACCCAGUAGAAUUGGACUUUGAUGAAAUGCAGGUGAAGAUCACCUUGAAAACUGGUGAAAAGAAAAUUUUUAAAGAUGAAAGCUUACCAUCUGUAGCUGUGCAAGAAUUGGAAACUGUGGAGGAACUCUCUAAGGAACCUGUUUGUGGAGCUGUCUUAAUUCUGAACAGAAUUGCUGACACCUUAGUUCCUCCUCCUGUCCAGCAACUUUUGAACAAAUACACACCAGUUUUCAGCACUCCAUCUGAUCUCCCUCCCAAGAGAACUGUGGAUCAUGCUAUACCUUUUACUCCUGAAGCCAAGAUUAUAAACCAGAGACCUUACAGACUCCCACACCACCAGAAAGAUGCUAUGGAAACCAUUAUCAAGGAUAUGAUCAAAAACAAAGUAAUUAGGGACAACUCUAGCCCUUACUCCUCCCCUGCACUCCUUGUUAAAAAGAAGGACAUGACUUGGAGAUUGGUCAAUGAUUUCAGAAAAAUCAACCAGCAAACUGUUAAGAACAAAUACCCUAUCCCUGUUAUAGAAGAUCUCCUGGAUGAAUUGAAAGGGGCAACAGUUUUCACUAAACUGGAUUUAAGAAGUGGCUAUCACCAAAUCAGAAUGCAGGAAGAAGAUAUUGGAAAAACUGCUUUCAGUACUCAUUGUGGCCACUAUGAGUAUUUAGUAAUGCCCUUUGGACUUACUAAUUCCCCAGCUACCUUUCAGCAGCUAAUGAACACAAUUUUAGCACCUUACUUGAGAAAAUUUGUGUUGGUUUUCUUUGAUGACAUCCUCAUAUACAGCAGAAACAUGAAGGAACACUUGGUACAUCUCCAACUAGUCCUUGAGGUCUUGCAGUCCCACCAACUAUAUGCUAAAAUGAGCAAGUGUACCUUUGCUCAACCUCAAGUGGAGUACUUGGGCCAUAUCAUAAGAGGUGAUGGAGUAGCUACUGAUCCUACCAAAAUUGAGGCAAUCUCCUAG